AGAAAAUGGCAUGCUGGUCACCAGAAAGUGCAACCAAAGCCUAUCUGAAAGCAAUAAAAAUGGGAAAGAGUGCUAAAGAGCCAGAUGUAUCAGAAUUCAUCUCAGCACUUGUUGCUGGAAACAAUGCACAACUGAUGGUCGUCGCAUGUGCUGGUGCAGCCGAUUCCACCACACUAGCCCUUGUGGCUGCAGCUCAGCAAACUGGUGGUAGAGUCAUUUGCAUCCUCAACGAAUUCGAUAAAUUAAAUCCAUCAAUUGAAUUUCUACAACAUAACGCGAUGCACGUUGAAUUUGUAAUUAAUGGAGAUGCCAAAACUCUACUAGUAAAUGACUAUAGAAGAGCAGAUUGUGUAGUAAUUGAUUGCAACAUUAACAACUGUGAAGGCAUUUUUAAGACGGCACGAAGGAUAGGGGGAAAUAAUAAUGCCGCCAUUGUUUUAGGGUACAACGCGUUGCGAAUGGGAUCAUGGAAAUGUGAAAGUUUUAAUGCUCAUUUGUUACCCAUAGGAGAAGGUUUAUUGGUGACACGGAGAGGCAGUGAUUUUGGCGUUUCGGAGAAAAAGAGUCGUUGGAUCGUCAAAGUGGAUCAAUGUACAGGGGAAGAACAUGUAUUCAGGGUCAGAUCUCCACAUGGAAAAGUAUAG